UUAUGGAAAGGAAUGAAUCUAACAUCUUAACGAUAUUAAAGUCAACUUAUGUUUGGCUCUCUAUUUCUUCCCUCUUUUGGCCAUUACCACUUCACAUCUUCUCCUUGACCACCUACCACCACAACGGGCCCACAUUUACUGCGUAACCGGGCUCAUUACAGCCCGCCCCUGGCCCGUUCUAUGACCUUUCGAAGUUUUCAACUCUUAGAUCCUUAAAUUAUAUGGAGUUGAUGAAGAUCAGUAGCAAGGAGAAAGAUCUUUCUGGAAUUAGGAAAUCGUAUGAGCAAGUAUGGAAGCAAGACUCACAUUUCCCAGUUAAACGUAAGAGAAGCAACAUACAAUCAACUGAGAUUGUCGUUCAGGAACUUACAGAUGAUGGAUAUUCUUGGAGGAAAUACGGGCAAAAAGAGAUAUUAGGAUCAAAGUAUCCACGGAGCUAUUUCAGAUGUACGUAUAAGGAAGAAGGUUGUGCAGCUGUGAAGAAGGUGCAGAGGAUUGAUGAAGGUGAUGCUUACCAAAUUUCCUAUAAGGGUCUUCAUACUUGCUCUAAUGGAGCCAGAAUUAUACCAGGAAGCACCAGUGGGGCCUCAGACUCACAAUCUUUCAAGAUAUCCUUUGGCGUGGAUGAAUGUAGGGCACUGGAAGCUCCAACUGAAUUGACAGGAACAGAGUCAUUUACUAUUACAGGAAUUCCAUUUUUUGGUUCAAAAGGCACCAAUACUCCUGACAGCGAGAGGGAAACCUAUGCAAAAUGUUCUCAAAAUCAGAAUGCUGAUGUAACUAGUCAAAUAAGACUAGAUGAAUCCAUCAUAUCAACGAUUCAUAAUGCUGAUGUUACUAGUCAAAUAAGACUAGAUGAAUCCAUCAUACCAACGAUUCACAAUGUUGACUCAACAUUUAGCGCAAAUGACAAAAUAACGAAAGAGGGAGAGAUCGAAACCAGUUUGACUCAUUGUCGCUUGAGAAAUGUUGUAAACUUGGGCUUCAGUUCUUGGCCAACAGCGAAGUAUAGUAAAUCAACUGAUUGCAGUCUGCAGAGAUUAUUAUCAGCUUUUCAGGAUGUAGAAGUCAAGAAAAUUGGCAUAUAUGGAGCUGGUGGUAUAGGGAAAACCACAUUGAUGAAAGCCUUUCUUUCACGCGAUGAUGUAAAGAGAUCGUUUGACUUGGUUCUUUGGGUAACUAUACCAAGAUGCUCUUCCCGAAGAAAGAUACAGAAUUCAUUAAUCCAGCAGCUAUCUUUGAAUGUGCCAAAUAUAAAGUCUGAUGAUGAAGUUGCUAUGAUCCUUCUGCAGACUCUUUUAGCAAGGAAGUUCAUUUUGUUUCUAGAUGAUGUAUGGGAGUAUAUUGAUCUGCCAAUGGUGGGAAUUCCUAUCGGCAAUCUAGAUAAUGACUAUAUGAUAAUAUUGACAACCAUAUCAAUCCAUAUCUGUGAAGCCAUGGAAGUGGAUAGAACCAUUGAAGCUCAGGUUUUAUCUAGGAAAGAAUCACUACAAUUGUUCCGUUUUCAUGUGGGUAAUGUCAUGGUUUCUGAAGAUAUUGAGCCUUAUGGCCGUGCAAUUGUUGACGAGUGUUCUGGUUUGCCUUUGGCGAUAAAAGUUGCUGGAAGUGCCUUGAGAAUGGAUAGCAGUAUAUUUGCAUGGAAGAGUACAGUAAAGAACAUAUUAUUGACUAAUUGCCUUCAGGUACUUAAAAUUGGAUAUGAUAGGCUCAAAGAACAUGAUAUUAGAAGUUCCUUUCUCUAUCAUGCUUUAUUCACAGAAAGAAAAGCAGUUAGUAUUUCUUCUCUUGUAGGGUACUUGGUUGAUGAAGGCAUUGUUUCUGGGAGUAUGUCAGAUGCACAUAGAAGAGGACAUGAUAUUAUUAAAUAUCUCAUUGACGUCUCUUUAUUGCAGUGCACUGAUGAUGGUUUGAUGGUUGAGAUGCAUGGUUUUUUACGUGAUUUGGCAUUAGUGAUUCUCUCCGAUGCAAAAGGGUUACAAAUGCUUUUGAUUCGUUAUUUUAGGUCUAUACUGUCACAGAAAACUCUUUUGUCUCACAUAAGCAAUCCCACAUUUGAGCAACCAGAAGGUCACCUUUCCAUAUUGAAAGCAGGUGAUGAUCUCAGUGAACCACCGUCAGAGGAAGAAUGGGAAGAAGCAAAAAUGGUCUUUUUGAUGGAUAAUACACUUUCAAGUCUACCAAAAAGGCCAGCCUGCUCAAAAUUAUUAGCAUUAUUCCUCCAAAGAAAUAGCUGUUUAAGAGUCAUACCUUCAUCUUUGUUCGAGAACAUGUCUUCUCUCCAAAUUCUAAACCUGUCCAAAACCAGAAUAAAAUCUUUACCACAGUCCCUCACAAAACUUGAAUGCUUACAGGUAUUGAUUCUCCGGAACUGUCAACGUUUGUUUUACCUCCCACCUACAAUUGGGGCUCUGAAACACCUCUUGGUUCUUGAUGUUCAUGGUACAGAAAUAUGCCAGCUGCCUGAUCAAAUAUGUGAGUUGCUUUGUUUAGUUCACUUGCAAGUCUGCUUUUAUGGAUCCAUGGAUGAGGAUGAAUGUGCCAUGCUGCCACCACAGUUGAUCUCAAAGGGAAUAAUGUCCAAUCUUGUUCAGCUAAAGGAGCUCAGCAUUAAUGUAUAUCCUGGAGAUCCACGAUGGACUAAGGUUGCAUCGGAUGUAACAACUGAAGUGAGCAACUUAAAAUUAUGCUCCCUAUCUUUCCACUUUCCUGAUAUAAAAAAUCUCGAGUAUUUCAUUGAUGUGAGUCCAGCUUGGCUACACCGAACUUUGACCCAUUUCAAGUUUGUUGUGGGCCAUGAUGUCAAGCGUGUUGUCUCUCAUGUUUCUGAUUACCUUGAACAUGAGUAUUAUCAGCAAGAUCGGUGCUUGAGGUUUGUUAAUGGUGAAGGUAUGCCUGAUGCAGUUGGUAAAGUGCUUUCCCAAGCUACAGCAUUUUAUGUAGAUCAUCACCUAACUGCUCAGUCCUUGACACAAUUCGGACGGGCUACUAUCAAUGAUCUAAAGAUUUGUGUUGUAAGGGAUUGCCCGAAACUAAAAGCAAUAAUAAACAGCACAAAGCGGACAGGAAAUUUCUUUCCGUUUCUAGAGCUCUUGAGCAUCCAUUAUUCCUGGAACCUGUGCUGGAUUUGGGCAGGUCCCAUUCGAGCUGGAAGUCUCUCAAGGCUUAGGCGAUUAUCAGUGCAUUCUUGCCCAAAACUGGAAUUAAUUCUGUGUCGUUCCAUGGUAGCUGUUCUAUCCAACUUGGAGGAGUUGACUGUUGAGGACUGUCAAUCUUUGAAAAAUGUCAUUAGCAGCCAGGAUCAGAGUUCUGCAGAUCACGAUAUUGGUGACAACGAUUUUUGUGAACCAAAUGUUACUGAUGUCAACUCCAUUGAAGAUGUUGGAAACGACCAGAUGGAGGUUGACCCGCCUGAUGCUGCAGAGCUUAGGUUAAAGGUACUGAAACUUCAUUAUCUUCCCAAACUGGUAAACAUUUGGAAUAGUGGUGAUAUACCCUGCUUAGAGUAUAUCAGUAUCUACAACUGUCCUCGAAUGAAGAAUCUCGAUCUAAAAUCUCCUGUUGAGGCCACCAUAAAGGAGAUCAAAGCUGAGACUUGCUGGUGGGAUGGUUUGGAAUGGCGGGAUCCUGCAUUACCAGCUAAACUUCAGGGUCGUUUUAAGGAAAUCCAGUCUGAUGAUAUAUGGAAUUCGAUGUAGCCAUGGACUGGUACAGUUUCGAGUUCAAAGUUUUCACAUUUUUUUAGACUAACUACAUAGUAGAUAACUGGAGUCUAAUUAGGUGAUGAAUAGACUAAUCACACUUACAGUAGAUCAAAUAUAGUUCUAUGUAUGUUGUCUAAGCUAUAUACUGUUUAAUUAAUUUUGUUUACCUAUUGACUAUUGUUUUAGUACUGAGAGUAAAAGAACAUAAAAGUACGAAGUACUUAGUUAUCCUGGAGUUCAGGUUGUAUGAAUUGAAAUUGAUUAUACGACAUGGUAAUUAUUAUCCGUUGUUUCAAA